AUGAUAUACAUCUUCAGUUGGCCGAAGGAGUUCUGCAAGGGGUUCGCCGUGUGGAAGCGCCGCAUCGGUUGCCACAAGCCGCCAGCCACAAAGAAGCCUCUGAACACAUUUGCCGCCUUGCAAGGGGCCAUGAGCCUCGCCACGCUCUACGUCUGCUCGUGGGCGAGGGAGUACACCGGCACCGAGUGCACGGACGGCGACGAGAACGUCCUGCUCGGGUUCGAGGCUUUCACAAACAUAGUGACAUUCAUGGCUCUGGUGGCUCUGUUGUUCGCCGCUUACAUGUUCAUGCGGUUUUGGAACAAAGUCCUGGCCCUGAACGGAACGGAAGGAUAUCCCUACACGACGCUCUCACCCGCAGACGACCAGAAGUACAAGAUGAUCAACGUCCCGCUGAAGACCAUCAGGGCGACGUUCAAGCAGAUGAUGCUGUACGACCCAGUGGUGCUGGUGUACUUCCUGUGCGCGCUCUCCGUCGCGAUCCUCAGCCUCGUCGCCCCGAACCCCCUCACGCACGCCGCAGACUGCCCGCACGCGGAGCAGGUGCGCUCCUGGGGCAUGGCCUUCCUCUGGGUGGACGCGCUGUACGUCCCGCUCUUCUACUUCUGCUGCCCCAACCGGAACGGCGUGGUCGCCGAGAUCCCGUGGCCGGCGGGCGAGGGGCCCAGAGUGCAGGCCUCCGCCUGA